AGGCCUGACCGAACAAACCCGCGACGACAACCCUAGCCGCCUCCUCCUUUCAGCCGCCGUUUCUCCCCCCCGUCCCCGCCCCCGACCACGUGCUCCGCCGGCGGCCAUCUUUCGCCAGAUAAUCGACGCCGCCGCCCCCGUCCAUCCCGUCUCGCCGCCCCCAGCUCGACCUCGCCGCUGUCCAGCUCGCCGCCAACUAGCUCCCUAAGCUCAGAACAAGGCCUUGGGCGGGCGCCCUUUUUGCUCUAUCUCAGGGCCGGCCCCGAUGGCUUGUGCGGCUUACAGCAUCAGGGGGCAUCUCAAGCUUGCCACGGGGCCUGGCCUGGAUAGUAAUCAUCUGUGCGGCGGCUGGAAGCCUUCGGUGUCUUGGCCCGUUUCUCGGGCAUGGAGUAGCAAUGUCUCCAAUAAUGCAGUGCAACACGUCGCCUGCCAUUCUCAUCUGUCUGUCCGGAAUUCAGAAAGAUGGCGCUCAAUCCCGAAAGCUUCGCCGGAGGACGGGACCGUUGUUGCUGAAGGGAGGAUAACUGUACUCGUCAUUGGUGGUGGAGGAAGGGAGCAUGCGCUCUGUUAUGCUUUGACCCGUUCGCCUUCUUGCGAGACAGUUUUAUGCGCCCCUGGCAAUGCUGGCAUUGCUCAGUCCAGGGAUGCGAUCUGUAUAUCGGACCUAGACAUUUCCAGUAGUGAUGCUGUUGUAUCGUUCUGCCGCAAGAGGGGAGUGGCAAUGGUGGUAGUGGGUCCUGAAGGUCCUCUCGUUGCGGGUCUUGCGAAUGACCUUGUCAAAGCUGGGAUACCGACGUUUGGUCCUUCAUCAGAGGCUGCAGCAUUAGAGGGGUCAAAGGACUUUAUGAAGAGACUGUGUGAUAAGUGUAAUAUCCCGACUGCUCAGUAUAGCACAUUCACGGAUCCUGCAAAAGCUAAAGAGUACAUCAAGAAUCAAGGGGCCCCUAUUGUUGUCAAAGCUGAUGGAUUGGCAGCUGGAAAGGGCGUCGUUGUUGCUAUGACUUUGGAUGAGGCCUUCGAAGCAAUUAACUCUAUGAUGGUUGACGAGUCAUUUGGUUCUGCUGGUUCACGGGUCGUCAUUGAGGAGUAUCUGGAGGGCGAAGAAGCCUCUUUCUUUGCAUUAGUAGAUGGAGAAAAUGCUUUGCCACUUGAAUCAGCACAGGAUCACAAAAGAGUUGGAGAUGGUGAUACUGGUCCAAACACGGGUGGCAUGGGUGCAUACUCCCCUGCGCCAAUAGUGACCGAAGAGCUUAAGAGCGUGAUCAUGGAAACUAUAAUUAUUCCAACUGUUAAAGGUAUGGCUGCUGAAGGAUGCAAGUUUGUUGGUGUGUUAUAUGCCGGGCUUAUGAUAGAGAAGAAAUCUGGGCUGCCUAAGCUUAUUGAAUAUAAUGUGCGAUUUGGGGACCCAGAAUGCCAGGUUUUGAUGAUGAGAUUGGAGUCUGAUCUUGCACAAGUCCUGCUAUCCGCAUGCAGAGGCGAACUGGGCAAGGUUUCGCUAACCUGGUCGCCUGAAAUCGCGAUGGUGGUUGUGAUGGCGAGCGAAGGAUACCCUGGCUCUUAUAAGAAAGGCACCGUAAUAAAAAACAUGGACAAGGCCGAGCAGGUUUCUCCGGCUGUCAAGAUAUUCCAUGCUGGAACAGCUUUGGAUGGAGACGGCAACCUUGUAGCUGUCGGAGGCCGAGUUCUUGGCGUCACUGCGAAGGGCAAGGACAUCGAAGAAGCGAGGUCGAGAGCGUACGAUGCGGUGGAUGUCGUCGACUGGCCGGAAGGAUUCUUCAGGCGAGAUAUCGGCUGGAGGGCACUGAAGCAGGAGCAGACGGCUAACUACUGACUAGUUAGGUUUUCCUAAAUCCGGGGUCAGCUUCGAGCGUCAAGUGAAAUGAAGACAGUAGAGUCACCAUUGUCGUGGUUGCGGAAUUGACAGGAGCAUAGCUUCUCCCGUCGAACAUGAGCAUCUUUUCACCAUGGUUUUGGCUCCGAACCAUUUGUAGCAGUCUUGUGUUUUCCACAAGGCAGGCAACUUUGUCAAGUGCAAUUAUCUCUUGAUGUGCAAUAAUAAUACCACCAACUAA